AUGGAAGUCUUUCAGGAAGCCAAUUCAGAAGAAGCAGAGAGGAUACGAUCUGUACGAGAAAAUACCUAUGUGAGGUUAUUCGGUCAUAUCCGUGCUUUCCAAGGCAAGAAAAAUGUGGUUGCUUUCAGGAUCCAGCCAGUAACGGAUAUGAAUGAGUUAACGACACACAUUCUAGAGGUCAUGCAAGCCCACAUGGCAUCCAAAAUGCAAAUGGAAGCAGGUGAUGCUCCUGCUAAGACUGUGGCAGCUGAUAACACAUACUCUGGGGCCCAGGGCAGCAUUCCAGCCAAUGGACUCACACCAAUACAAGCACAGGUAGCACAGACAAUAAGUGACUGUCGAGACGAGCAAGGUGUGAGUGUUUAUGAAAUAGCAAAACAACUGGAAGGUCUGACGGAGAAAGCCAUCAGGAGUGCUAUCGAAUUUCUAAGCAGUGAAGGGCACAUCUAUUCCACAAUUGAUGACGAUCACUACAAAGCAACAGAUUCCUAAGGAAAUGUAAUUGGAAUUCUUUUUACAUGAACUAAUUGUUGAAGAGCAGAACGCUCACAUAAGGGUGUUGGAAAUUAAUUCCUUGCCUUUCAUUCAAGUAAAAGGUUAAAACACCAUCUGUGCAGCACUCUUCAAGUGCUUUACAUUUGUCAAACCACUACCCUCUACCUGGAUCACAAAGAGAAAGGAUUUUAGUAGAUCUUCACACAUAUAUUCUCUGGAUGUUUCUCCACAUGUUUAUGUACCAUAUACUGAGAAUUUUUUUGGGGAAAAAAUAUGGUUCUCCAGCUGGCCCCUGGUGGCAAGCAUCACACCGCUGGUCUUCUUUGAUCACACUGUACGAAAGACUUCUGUAUUCAUAUUUUUUCCUAUGUUGUUGAGUCAUAUAAGUAUACCAUCAUGAAGGGAUUAAGUACUUUUUUGAGGCCGAGUACAUUUUGUGUUUAGUGUUAUAUACUUUUUUUUCAAAGGAAGAAAAUUUAGUCUGUAUUUGACAAAUGGUUACUUCAUAAAUUGAUCAAAAUAACUGCAGAAAUGACAUUAAGUGAGAAUUGUAGGAAUUUGUCUUUUUACUCUAAAUAUAUAACUGAUCAAAUCUUAUUGUCAACUGAUUCCAACUGAAUACAAUUCAAAGUAAUCUGCACAAGUA